AUGCCACUGCAGAUCACGGCCGCCCACAGCUCUCGCGUUACGAAGUCAACAUCUCGCUCGGCGUCCUCUCCGUUUUCCUCGAAUCCUCGCCGUAAGCCUUCCCUGACGCCGAGGCGAAAAUCCGACGAUGGCGCCGGUCAGUCCCAAGAGCGCUUGGAGGAUGCAGGCCUCGUUACCACUUUGGCUGGUCCGGACACGCCUUGCAGCGUGCUGCUGCUCAUGACAUAUAUCCGUGACCGGAUGUUUAGCGACGUCCCGGAACGAGGCUCUGGCAUGAACUCGACGAGGACAGCAGAGGUCCUGAACUACCGACUCAACCUCCCACCCAUUGUCACUGUAGCGCAUAUACACUCCUUCACCAACUCUCCCACCUCCAUAGACCGCGAGAUCGCCGAGCUCAUCCGCUCAGGCAAAAUCCGUAAACUCGUUAUACCCGGCAGGAAUGCAGGUCGAGCCGCAGGCCGAGAUGCCGUAGGCGAUUGCCUCGUCCUCUUCUCCGACUGGGAGCGGCUGGUACGCUCUCACCCGGACCUCACAGACGGCCUGAAGGAGAAAUAUGUCACCCUGCUCCGCGCCACUCAGACCUCCAGCAUCGCCAGCAGCGCCCUGACUCACUCCGAGGCCGCCACCCUUACCUCAGCCGGCUUCCUCAUCUCCACCACCGCCUCGGCGCACUCGUCGACCGCAGAUUUCUUCCUCCGGCCCAGCGUCGCCUCCUCCGGCACGCUCUCAUCCCUCGCUUCCGCUGGCUCCAGAGCUGCAGCUGGCACCCUCGAGGCCGUUGGUGGCGUCAACGCGCUCCACAACGUAGGCGGUAGCGGCGGCGGCACCGCGAUAUCCGGCGGCGCGCGAGCCGCCGCAGCGAGCGGGGCGCAGUACAACUUCUCCCUGCCGAAUACGGGGCCCUACCUCCGCCUCCUGACUACCGCGCGGAGCCACUUGGUCACGUUGCUGGGGAAGAGCUCGCGGUACAGAGAGGCGCCUGUUAGCUUAUUGAGGGACCGGUGGGACGGUGGAGUGGCGGAUGACAGUACGGCGACUCAAGCGAAAAAGGUGAGGGGGGAGUUUGUGGGGGUGCUGCCAGGGAGGACGAAGAAGUGGAGGACGUUUUGGGGAUUGAGGUUCGAGUGGGUGCUCGAGGAAGCGGUGGGGAUGGGGUUGGUGGAGGCGUUUCAGACGGGGAGUGUGGGGCUUGGUGUGAGGGUGCCUUGA